AUGGCUGCAGCAACAUUAACAAGGGGACGAAUUGUUGGUAUCGUGGUGGCUGCCAUUGUAUUAUUCGUAUUGGGUUUCGUAAUAGGCUGGGUAUCGGCGCCGAGCGAUGAGGAUUCCAGUGAAAAUUAUGAUAUGAAAUACAUUUCGAAGAAACGUAAAGAGGAGAUGAAGACAAAAAAUGGUUUCCAUGAAAAGUUCCUUGAAGUUAUAAACGCGAAUAAGAUCGGUGAAAAUCUUAGGUGAGUGAUAUGACGAGGCUUGGAUUAAAUUCCAACGUGAAGUGGACCGUGGGAUGAUUUGCAUUAUGCAUAUAGUUAAUUCUUUCAAGGAGAAAAUUUCCGCAGCUCUCAUGCUGUAGUGUUACUAUAGAAGGAAACGGAAGUGCUCUCAUAAAACAUAAGGUGUUGCAGAGUCGAACUGGAACGAAUCUUCUCAUAUGCGACGGCUGAGAUGAAAAUAUAAUCAGACAACUGUAUAGGAAUCAAACCAAACAAGUCAUAGAAUUGAAAAGUCCGUAUUUCAGUGGUAUUGAAUACCUCACACAAUAAAAGGAUUAGUGUCAGGGUCAUGCAUUGCGGGCUUUUGUUAUUGUUUACAUUUUACUCAAAUACAACAAAUAGCGAUAAAAAUACCUUGUUUGGCACAUUUCUGAUACAAAUCAGACAAAAAGAGCAAGGAUUAUGAAAGGAUGCAUGGUUUAAAUAUAUGACGGAUUGUAAAAACUUUCCAGAUCAUCUAAUCUAUUCGUCCCAAAAAAUGGCCGCCAGCAGGAGUUUGAGCCUGCGAAUUCCUGGUGUGACACUAAUCCUUUAAUUAAAACCCCGCUUUCACAAAGCCAGCGGACUAGAGCUCUGAUAAUGAUGACUAUAACCAUGGUAUGGUAAUGAUGGUGAUGAUGGUGGUGAUGAUGAUGAUGGUGGUGAUGAUGAUGAUCAUGGUGGUUAUGAGGAUGGUGGUGGUGAUAGUGAUCAUUGUAACCUUGGUGAUAAUGAUAAUGAUGGUGGUGAUGAUGAUGAUAAUGGUGGGAAAAUGUAGUGAUGAUGAUGGUGGUUAUUAUGGGUGAUGAUGGUGGUGAUAUUGAUGGUGGUUACGAUGAUGGUGGGUGAUGCCGAUGACGGUGGUGAUAUACCCAUACGUUUCGUUCACAGGUAUUUCUCAAAGCGACCCCAUAUUGGAAGUACUCCGCGAUCCAAAGAACUGGCAGAUGAGAUAGAAAAACGAUGGCGCGAAUACAAGUUCGAUAAAGUAGAACAACCGAAAUAUAAUAUCCUCCUACCUUACAUUGACCCCGAUGUCUCCAAUUCCGUACAGAUUUUGAAUUCCAGCGGUGACGUGACUUACGAGUUUUCUGGAAAAGAGAAGGUAUUUUAAUUUACAUACUUGUUUAAAGCCAUCGUCAAGGCCUACUGCAAAUUCGAUGAAGGUUUUCCAUUCAUAUCCAAAACUCAUAACCGUAAAACCUCGAUCUGUAGGCGUGAAAUAACACAGUGGAUGUGUUUAUUUCUCUUUGUUCAUGUUGCUGUUUUUUCUUACCCAUUUACGCUCGAUUAUAUCUGUGCGCGGAUUGUGCUUGUUGCGCAUAGAGGUUGAGGUUUUGCCGUUUUUAGUUUUCAUUUUGAAUGGACAACCUUAAAGUGCGACUAACAACAAAGAUGACUUUGCUGGUUGAUCGUAUUAAACCUACUUUUCAAUUCUCCAGCUAAUAUUUAAUUUCUCUCUACUUUUCAAUGCUUAAGGUGGUAGACCCGAGCGAAAACGACUCUACGAUGAUAGCACCUUUACUGGGGUUCGCCAAGCAAGGGUCGGCCGAAGGGAAACUGCUGUAUGUGAAUUAUGGAACAUGGGACGAUUUUCAAGAAUUGAAACAUAACUUUGGUAUCUCUAACUGCAGCGGCUACAUUGUCAUUAUGAGAUAUGCAGUUAUAUAUCGCGGUGCCCAGGUUAGUAAUUGCUACGUGCCAUUGUCUUCACUGCAGUCAUCAUCAAUCCCUUUACCACCAUCAUGGUCAUUCAUCACCACCACCUUCAAGUGCCACCAUCAUUAUUACCACCAUCACCACCUCCACCUAUCAUUAUCAAUCCUAAAAAGACCAAAACUAUAAUUUUCUCGACUUAUCAACUUGCGACCUCGCGUCAACUCAACGAACAUCAAAUCAACAUAUCUGUGGACUGUGUCCCGUUGGAGAGGACUACAACAACCAAAUUUCUAGGAACCGAGUGAACUCACCAACACCACCAUCAUUAUCACAACCAUCGUCACCAUUAUCACCACCAUCAUUAUCACCAUCAUCAUUAUCACCAUCAUCACUGCCAUGACAGCUAACAUCCUAAGAUUCCUACAACAUUCUUGCAGGUAAAACACGCCCAGGACUGCGGAGCGGUGGGCGCUAUAAUAUACCACGACCCCGCUGAUUAUGCACCCGAAGGCCAGGACAAGGUUUACCCACAAUACAUUUGGCUUCCAAAGACUGGUGUCCAGCGCGGUACCAUACUUAGUGGUCGUGGAGAUCCUCUGACCCCUGGCUUGCCAUCCGUAGACGGAGUAUUCAGAAUACCCGAAGAUAAGGCUAACCUGCCCAAAAUCCCAGCCACCCCGAUGCCUUAUGGAGAGGCUGUUAAAUUGUUGAAAAUUAUGGAAGGCAAGUGGAAUGAUUUGAAGUUAAAUUUAAUAUUUAAUACUAAACAAGGUUCGUGCAACUUCAUAAAAUCCUGGACCUUCAAGUUUUCCAGGGGCAUUUGAAAUAUGACAAACGUUAUUUCGCCAAUAAGCCGAGCAAAUUUUCACUAUGUUUCAAAUAAGGGACCGUUCAUUAUUUAUACCCGGGGUUGGUACCGAAGAUAUAUGGGUUGGGUAAUCAAGUUUUUGUCGACUAGCUCAUGGGUUGGGUGAAAAAAAUUAUGGCUGUCUGUCAGCUAUAAUAUAAAGCCAAAAUUACAUUGCAUUGGAAAAUAUGAAGAAAAAUGUGUACAAUACAUUCUGUACCAAAAUAGACCAUCAGUGAUUGAGGAAGGACUCUAUCAUUGAUCAGCAGGAACGUGAUUGCUUCGGCACACUCAGUGCAUGAGUUUGAGUGUGCUUUUAGAAUUUAGGCAACUUGAUUUCUGUCACCGUGAUCUUGUGUGUUUAAUUAUUACGAAGUACAGUAACACAGGGCUUGGAUAAACAUUAUUUUUACCAUUGUUGAGGUUGGUUAAAUAAAACAUUUACGCUGUUUUUCGCUUCUCUUCGGUACCAACCCCAGGUAUAAAUACUGAACGGUCCCUAAUCAUCGCAAUCAAGUGAUAUCACUAUGGAAAAAGAUCACUAAGAUCGAGAGAUGCUGUAUACGCAAGAAAGUUUUGUAGUCAAUCUUAUUGGAACAGAAUGGCCCCUAUGGAACUUCUAGGAAGGACAGUUUAGGACUGAUAGAGCUAUCCAGCAGAAAUAAUGUUCGUGGAUUUUCUUCCUGACUGAUAGAGCUAUCCAAUGUGUAUGUAGUUUAGUGUAGUUUUCCCACAGUAACACUGAUCUAGGGAUGUCUAGGGAAACUGUUUAGAACUGAUAGAGCGAUAAUAGCAAACUCAAAAUGUCUAUAAUCUUUCCAACUGUAGGUAGAGAAGUCCCCAAAAGCUGGCAAGGGACAUUAAACAUCACCUACAAACUCGGAGAUGGCGGCCUGAAGAACAACACUGUGAAAUAACAGUCAACUUCCCUAACAAACGACAGGAUGUGUACAAUGUCAUAGGCACCAUAUAUGGCAGAGAAGAGCCGGAUAGAUGGGUAUUGAUAGGAAAUCACAGGGACUCCUGGGGAUUCGGAGCGGUAGAUGCAUCCAGUGGUACAUCUGCCAUAAUGGAGAUUUCUCGUGGUCUGGGCGAACUUUUGAAACAAGGUAUUGUGGCUACAGAUGAUAAGAUAUAUGUUUAAAUUAGAAUUAUAUUUUUCAACUCCCAAGAAACUGUCUUUAUCAUUAUCAUUAUCAGCAUUGAUUAUAAUCAUUUUCAACAUUAUAAACAGAACAAUAUAUGAUCAUCGUUAUCAUCACAUUGAUCAUCGUCAUCACCACUACCACAACCAUCAUCAGCAUCCCCCCAUCAUCAUCACUAUCCAACCGUCAUCACCAUCAUCUCCACCACAAUCAUAUUCAUCAUCGUCACCAUCAUCACCAUUACCAUCAUCACCAAUACACAUCCCCUCUUCCUUUGCAGGUUGGCGCCCAAGACGUACGAUCAAAUUCUGCAGUUGGGGGGCAGAGGAAUCAGGCAUGAUUGGCUCAACAGAAUGGGUAGAAGAAAACGAACCAGCGUUAUCAACAAAAGCUGUCACUUACAUAAACGUUGAUAUUGCUGUCGAUGGGAACCUCACCUUCCGACUGGCCGGCUCCCCCCUGCUGAAGACUCCAAUCACAGAGAAGGUUAAACAAGUCACAGACCCACACGGCGGGAAUGUAUACGACCGAAUGGUUAAAACGGGGAAGACAUUUACUUAUUACAACUUGGGAUCCGGCUCGGAUUUUGCAAGUUUUUAUCACUUUGUUGGUAAGUUUUAUUUUUUCUUGACAGCUGUAGUCGUUAGUGCAUGUUUCUCUGUCUGGACGUCUAAACGGUCUAGACUAAACGUUUGUUUAGUUCUGUUAACUGAACUUGCUUCUAAACAGCUUUCAUGUUCCACAGGAGUGCCAUCAAUGGAUAUGAGUUAUGUUGGAAAAGUGUUCUAUCCUGUCUACCACACCGUCCACGACACGUAUAAAUGGCUUCAAGGUCUAAUCGACCCAAAGUUUGAGUACCAUCUAACCACGGCCAGAGUUGCUUCGAAAAUCCUCCUGUCUACAGCGGAUAGCUUCGUGCUGUCCCUCGAUGUGACAGAGUAUGGAAAAUCUCUGGAUAGCUCUUUCAAAGCGUUGGAGAAAGAUUAUGGUGCGGAACUUCAAAAGAAUAACGUCAGCUUGGUGUAUAUUGCGGACGCAAUUAAAAAGUAAGAUUUGAUAAAAAUAUUUGAUAACAUUUCAAAACAGUAUUUUGUGUGUGUUGGUGUCAUGUACUCAGGUGAAUAUGAUGUUUGUGAUGUUACUCUGAGUGUGCGUCCACACUGGGCAAGCUGAAAAGUUAGCUUGGCCACGGUGGGAAUCGAACCCGCAUAUCGAAGGAACUAGACUCAGUUCCGAAAUAUCAUCAACUCGAACCGACUUGACCACGUAGCUCAGUUGGCAGAGCAUUGGACUAUAGUAUCCCAAAGGUCGCGGGUUCGAUUCCCACCGUGGCCAAGCUAACUUUUCAGCUUGCCCGGUGUGGAUGCACACUCAGAGUAUGAUGAGAGUCAGGGUGUUAGCCAGGCGGCCGUCCGACCGUCCUACGGACGGCCACUUCUGAACUCAGACGGCUAAAAUUUAAUGGACGGCCAUGGACGGCCUAAGGGAAUAUUUUCUUUAAAUAGCAAUUUACAAGCUUUGUAAUAUUUCAUGAAUACUUUGAAUUGUUGUCAUCUGUUGUUUACUUUACUUAUAUGUUCUCAUACUUUUUCCCGUCGAAAACACGUUGGAUAUAGUUGAAUUGAAGUAUCGACAAUGUUUUUGUAAUCAUGUUGAUAACAGAAUAAAUAUCGUAUAGUUAUUCUGUGAUGUUGAUGAUUCUCGCAUGAAGUAUCAAGGGGAAUAAUUCGAAACCGUUGUUUAAAAAAAAACAAAAAUUGCUUUAUCCUUGUGCGCCACAUGCUUUAGAGUUACAGUACACUACGGUUCAUACCAUAUGUGUGCUUUUACUAAUUUAAUGACGGAAAUGUGCAUCUAAAACUAAAAGUAAGAAGGUUUAACGAAUAGAUCACCACAAUUCCACAACAUAAAAUUGCGGCCACACCCAAAAACAUGUGACCACACCCACAAAAAAUGGUGGCCACGCCCACAAAAUUAUUUUGGACGGCCACUUUUGAAAUCCUGGCUAACACCCUGAUGAGAGUUGCAACUCUCGCUUGCAUCUGCAUGAUGCGAGUUUUCGCUACGCGCGGUAAUAUUCGUCAACUCUCAUCAACUCUCAUGCAGCUCUUGCUCUCGUUUAAUCAGGACAUCAUACAAACUGUCGCUUUCCUGAAUUCUCAUCAGUCCUCGUUUGCCGGUUUUAGAUUAGAGCGGGAGUUAACAUCGUUCCCAGGGCAUUUCCCUUACAGUGAUUAAAGCUUUCCAUCUAUGAGAUCAGGAGCCGGUUGUUCAAAAGGCGACUAGCGCUAAUCCUGGGGUUAAGUUAAUCGCCUUUUGAACAACCGGCCCCAUGAGAGUCAAACUGGUAGGACUUUAAUCACAAAAUGUGUAUUGAAGGAAUCAAACCUUGAAAACUGAGGUGAAAGGUUCAUACACUAACCAUCUCGUUACCAAUAUUCCACGACCUUAAGAUUCCUCUGUGUUUUUUAAAGAUUCAAAGACGAAGCAACAAAAUUCCAAGCUGAGAAAGGUAAAGCUGUCGACGAGAAGGACGACAUCAAACUUCGAGCUCUGAACGACAGAAUGGUCAACGUCGAAAAAGCCUUCAUUACCGCGGCUGGUCUACCUAACCGACCAAUGACAAGGCACGUUAUAUUCGCGCCUUCGGUCAACGAUAAAUACAGUAGCACCAGCUUCCCUGGGAUUUCAGAUCUUGUUGUAAAACAGAAUAAGACGGAUCAGGAUUGGUUGGAUAUUAAGAAGCAAACAUCCAUUCUGUUUAUAGCGAUCUCGGAUGCAACUAAUAUUCUGAAAGCUGAUGCGAAUUAGAAAGGGAAUUUUUAAUAUUGACUUUUUUGCCAUGUUGUAUACCCUAAACAUGAAGAUCUUUAGAAAGGCUUGUAUUGUAAUAACGUUCUGGCAAAAACCGUUUUAGCGAAACCAUAUCAAAAUAGCGUCUAAAACAUGUAUGGGAAUCAGUGUACCUUUGCCUUUAAAAUCUAGGGCAAUAUACAAACGUAAUUUAUAAAUUUUUAUGCUAGUUUUUUUUUAUAUGGUUAGUUCUUAGUUAUCUGUGAAAUUUGACUGCUGGAUCUGUAUUAUAGUAUAUAUAAUCUAAUAAUUUCAGGACCCUGAAGGAAGGGGGUCUCAAUCUCUGGGACUCUUCCCGGCCAUUUUUUAAAAUAAAUCCCAGUCCCAAAUGUGAAAUUGAGAGAUCCCAGUGCAGGUAUUGAAAUAUACUCGAGUAAUCAUCACCUAUAUAGUAAGAGUUCGAAGUUCUUAGAUUUCAUGCUGGAAUUUAGAAAUUUCCCCGCAAUUAAGUCUCUCUCCUGAUGAGAAAUAUUCCUUUAGAGAACACAAAGAAAGACUUGGAAAAAGGCUUACCAACAUAUUUGAGUAUGUACGAAAGAUCGCAGUUCUGUUUCUUUAUAGAAAAGAUAAUGCUAACUUUGUAUUCAAAACAAAAUAUUGUAUUCACAUAAUUCAAUAUAGCACUUAUGUCCAAUCAAUCGUCCAUGCCAUCACAACUAUAUAUAUUAUUUUUUCCCGAAGAAUAUCUCGGGGAGCAGCAUUAUCAACAAUGGAUCUAGGAUCUACACUUUCCACCAGAAAAACGCAUAUACCAUUAUACAAUUAUAUACGAUUAAACGCGAAAACUUUGCGCCUAGCUUAUAAAUGGGUUGAGAAUUGACAACGUCGAGCCAUACUCUUUAGAGUCUAGAAACUAGCUGAUAGUGUGUCGAUUUCUCGGUCAUUCCCCGUCAAUUCCUCGGUCGCUCCUCGUCGAUUUCCGAUUCCACGUUCUAUUUCCAUUCCACGCUCCCAUUCUCCGAUUCUCCGUUGUCCGUUCAAAGACAGCCCCCACUUGCUUCAAAGAGCAACUUGAAUCAUAUGACCAAAUUAAACGCAACUGUGCUGAAACGACGCAACUUUUCGACGUAAUCUUUACUUAACGAAUUGAACUGCGACAACGUUAUAGCUUCAAGAUGACUGCAGCAACAUUGACAACGAGACGAAUUGUUGGUAGUGUGGUGGCUGUGUUAUUCGUGUUUGGUUUUGUAAUAGAUUGGGUGUCAGCGGAAAUGAAAUAUGCUGCGAAAAAACGUAAGGAGGAGAUGAAGACGAAAAAAUAUUUCCAUGAAAAGUUAUUUGAAAUUCUGGACGCUGAUAUCAUCGGUGAGAAUCUUAGGUAAGUGAUAUCAUGACGCAUAUAUUAAAGUCUAGUAUGAAGUGGCGACUGACUAUGUCCAUCUGGAUAGCUCUAUCUGUUUUAAACUGUUUUCCCUAAAGAGAUCCGGUAAGGGUCAUCUCUUAUGGGUUCAGUGUUACUACAGCAGAAGGAAACUGGAGGAAACUUUCGUGUUUGAAAAAGCAGAACUGUUGCGAAAGCUCGACUAAUCAGCGAAUAGUUGCGAGUCAACAGUGGCGUAGCCCAGCCCAGCCCGACGAUUCAGUCCCGCUAUCAAUAUAAAAAUUGCCAUGUUUAUAGACUAUCAACACAAUCAAUUUCUAAAGAAAUGAAUAAUGAGUUGAAAUGUGCAUAGCGGGACCAAAUCGUCGGGCUGGCUACGCCACUGCGGAGUCAACAAAUAGUGCGAAUAGUCAACGAAUCAUUAUAUAGUCGGUCAAUAUUCGUGAACAGUUUAAAAAGACUGGUGUGAAUAGUCGAAAAUUUAUACAAAUAAUGAAGUCAAUAUUAAAAGUAAAACCACAAGUUCUACCAGUGGGAUCACUGCCCGCUAAUGGCGAAUGUCUUCAUGUGUGUAAGAUUCCAUAUUAUUUUGUACAAGAGGUUUGUAGAUGGCAUCUUAUCCAAAAUGCCCAGACAAAGCCCCAGUAUUGAUGCCUGAUGCCAAUUUCCUCAUUCCCCCGAAUGCUUUGCACCCUAGUAUUACAUUCACCAUGGAAACGUCGAUAGAUGGCAAAAUUCCUUUUAUCAGUAUUUUUUUAUAGAUUUUUUAUGGUGAUAUAAUUAAGAAUUGAAAGAAGCAACAAAGAUACACCGCGCCUAUGUCCUCUCAUCUACGACUGAAGCCUUUAAUGAGGAACUUACAAGAUCGGCGUAACAAUACGACCGAUUUUCGAAGGUCGAAUACUCGAGCAAGAUCUGAAGCCGAAGGAAACAAAGUCGUCGAUGGUCUGUGUGAUGCAGACUAUGUUGGGUCAUUUACUGCCGACAUCUCCACCAGCGCAAUGCUGAGCAAAAAGCUCAGCAAUUGAGAAGCAUUUUGUGGACAUUCACGGAGAUAAGAACUUGUUGGACGAAAGUCAAGUUCAUGUUUUGAAAAAGUGCCUGCAUGGGGAAGUUUGACUGUCUUGUAUGCGAAAUGCCCUUCACUACGAAACUACAAACUUUUUAUAUAACUUUUAAGCUAUGAGUUUUAUUAAAGACUCAUUGUUUUAGCCUUUUGAUGAUGAUGAUGAUGAUGAUGAUGAUGAUGAUGAUGAUGAUGAUGAUGAUGAUGAUGAUGAUGAUGAUGAUGAUAUAACUACAAUUUUCUCGAUAUAACUACAAUUUUCUCGCACAGGUAUUUCUCAAAGCGACCCCAUGUUGGAGGUACUUCACGAUCCAAAGAACUGGCAGAUGAGAUAGAAAAAAGAUGGCGCGAGUACAAGUUCGAUAAAGUAGAACAACCAAAAUAUAAUAUUCUCCUACCUUACAUUGACCCCGAUGUCUCCAAUUCCGUACAGAUUUUGAAUUCCAGCGGUGACGUAACUUACGAGUUUUCUGGAAAACAGAAGGUAUUUUAAUUCACAGCUAUAUCGUCAAAGCGAUAUGAUACUAUACAGCUAAUGGACAACUUGCAUGUUAGACUAAAUUUUAAUCUAAGUAAAGGGAAGUGAAUCAAACACCACAGAUGAAAAGAACAUAAUAAAAUUAGUAAAAUUGCAAAAUGUGGUUGCGAAAUAUUGUAAAGCUUGGAAAAUAUAGUCUUGCAAAGUUUGCAAAUUUUGUAUCUGUUUGUGUAACGUGAGGAAAAAAAUUGUUAUCAUUUUCGGCUCAAAAUGGUAAAAAUUUUCCGUUUUUUACAACAUUUCGUAACCAAAUUUUGCAAUUUUACUAAUUUUAAUAACUUCUUUACGGGAAUUUACUUUUCUUGCCUAGAUCAAAAAUUAGUCUAACAUGCAAAUUGUCUAUUCAAUUAAAACUAUUUGUAAAUCCUCACACUAAUAUUUAAUUCCCUUCAACUUUUAUUCAAUACCUCAGGUGGUAGAACCGAGCGAAAACGACACUACGAUGAUAGCACCAUUACUAGGUUACGCCAAGCAAGGAUCAGCCGAAGGGAAGCUGCUGUAUGUGAAUUAUGGAAGAUCAGAAGACUUUCAAGUAUUGAAAAGCAACUUUAGUAUUUCAAACUGCAGCGGCUACAUCGUCAUUAUGAGAUUUGGAAAAAUAUAUCGCGGUGCCAAGGUUAGGGAUGAUAUUAAGCAUCCUUUAUUCAUUCUGGAUUAUGAUUACCAUCAUCAUCAUCAACACCAUCAUCACCAUCAUCAUCACCAUCGUGAUCACCACCAUCACCAUCACCACCUGAUAUCAUCACAUGAUCACCACCAUCAUCAUCACGCCAUCACCAUCAUCAUUAUCAGCACCACCAUCAUAGAUAACAUCCAAAGAACCCACUAACACGCUUUCAUAACUUGCAGGUAAAACACGCCCAGGACUGCGGAGCGGUGGGCGCCAUUUUAUACAACGACCCCGCAGAUUAUGCACCCGAAGGCCAAGACAAGGUUUACCCACAAUACAUCUGGCUCCCAAAAACUGGUGUCCAGAGCGGUAGCAUAUUUGAUGGUCGUGGAGAUCCUCUGACCCCUGGCUUGCCAUUCGUAGACGGAGUAUUCAGACUACCCGAAGAUAAGGCUAACCUGCCCAAAAUCCCAGCCACCCCGAUGCCUUAUGGAGACGCUAUUGAAGUCUUGAAAAUCAUGGAAGGUAACUGAAAAAAUUUAAAUUGUUGAAGUACAGAUUGGGAGCUAGUGCUUCUCAUCUUUCCUUGCAGCUAAGAACUGGAUUUCAAAAGACAUACCUCAAAUGUAACUGAGUGACUGAAGCUAUACAAGGCUUUUCAUAACUACAACUGGGUGAGGGAGGAGGGUGCAAAUGACCCACAUAUUGUGUACCUAGGUUUCCUCUAACUAGGCUACUUUAAGUUUCCUGUCACUACAGAGUGACACUGGAUGAGUAAGAGACGAUCCAUACUUGACCCCUAGGGAGAACACUUGAGAACUGAUAGAACAAUCUAUAUAUGAGUUUGUCACAGCUAUUGCAAAUUUAAAAUGUCUAUAUACUUUCCAACUGUAGGUAACAAAGUCCCCAAAAGCUGGCGAGGGACAUUAAACAUCACUUAUAAACUCGGAGAUGGCGGACUGAAGAACAACACCGUAAAAAUAACAGUCAAUGUUCCUAACAAACGACAGGAUGCGUACAAUGUCAUAGGCACUAUAUAUGGCAGAGAGGAGCCAGAUAGAUGGGUGUUGAUAGGAAAUCACAGGGAUGCUUGGGGAUUUGGGGCGGUAGAUCCGUCUAGUGGUACAUCUGCCAUGAUGGAGAUUUCUCGUGGUCUGGGCGAUCUUUUGAGGCAAGGUAUUGAGGAAGAGAUGAAAGUAUUCAUAUAAGAUAUAUCUUUAUAUUAGGAUUAGACUUUUCAACUCCCAAGAAAUUGUGAUUAUCAUUAUCCUGAUUAUCGAGGAUAUUAUUAUUAUCAUCAUCAUCAUCAUCGUCAUCAUCACCAUACUCAUUAUCAUCAUCACCACCACCACUAUCGUCACCAUAACCAUCAUCACCACUAUCAUCAUCACCACCACAACCGUCACCACCACACCAGUAUCCUAACCAUCACUACCACCAUAUAUAACCACAACCACCAUAAUCAUGCCCAUCACCAACACCAACACCAUCUCCAUCAUCACCAUUACCACUACUAUCACCACCACCAUCACCACAGCCACCACCAUCAUCAUCAUCACCUAAACACAUCCCCUCUUCCUUUGAAGGUUGGCGCCCAAGACGUACCAUCAAAUUCUGCAGCUGGGGUGCAGAGGAAUCAGGCCUCAUUGGCUCAACAGAAUGGGUAGAAGAAAACGAACGGGCCUUAUCAACAAAAGCUGUCACUUACAUAAACGUCGACAUUGCUGUCUAUGGGAAUCUCACCUUGGAACUGUCCGGCUCCCCCCUGCUGAAGACUCCAAUCACAGAGAGUGUUAAACAAGUCAGAGACCCGCACAGGGGAAAUGUAUACGACCAAAUGGUAAAAGCAAAAAAGAAUUUCACUUACGGAAACUUGGGUUCUGGCUCGGAUUAUGCAAGUUUUUAUCAAUUUGUUGGUACGUUUUUAAUUAACAGGGCGUUAGAGUGGUAAGUGCAUGUUUCACUUUCUGGACUCUAGAAAGAACAGUUUAGAAGUGAUAAAGCUAUCCAGUAUAAAUAAAGUUAGUUUAGUUCCACUAUAACAAUGCUUGCUUCUAAACAGUUUUCAUGUUCCACAGGAGUGCCAUCAUUGGAUAUGAGUUAUGCCGGAAAAGUGUUCUAUCCUGUCUACCACACCGUCCACGACACGUAUAAAUGGCUUCAAGGUCUAAUCGACCCUAAGUUUGAGUACCAUCUAACCACUACCAAAGUUGCUUCGAAAAUCCUCCGGUCUACGGCGGAUAGCCUGGUGCUGCCCUUCGAUGUGAGAGAGUAUGGGAAAUCUCUGGAUAGUUCUCUUGAAACGGUGAAGAAACAUCAUGGUGCUGAACUUCAAAAGAAUAACGUCAGCUUGGUGUAUAUUCAGGACGCAAUUAAAAAGUAAGAUUUGAAUAAAAUAUUCUUACAUUUCAAAACAGUUUGGAUAGAACUGAUAGCCCGAAUAGUUUAGAAUUGAUUGCUACAAAGAGCGAAUCACAUCAAGUAUAUAGGCAAUUCCAGCUAUAGACUAACUUUUGAUCUAGGCAAGAAGAACAAAAUCCAUCACCACAGCUAGAAAGAGCAUGUUAAAAUUAGUAAAACUGCAAAGUUUGGUUGCGAAAUGUUGUAAAAUGAGGAAAAUAUAGCCGUGUGAAGUUCGCACAUUUUGUAUAGAUUUGUAUUACGCGCGGUAAAAAUAACCACUAAGCUUUCGGCUUAGCCUGCUCGCAGGCUACUUUCGGCUCAAAAAUGUUUAUUUUUCCCGUGCGUAAUACAAAUCUAUACAAACUAUGCGAACUUCACAGGGGCUAUAUUUUCCUCAUUUUACAACAUUUCGCAACCAAACUUUGCAAUUUUACUAAUUUUAACAUGCUCUUUCUAGCUGUGCUGAUGAAUUUUGUUGUUCUUGUCUAGAUUAAAAUUUCGGCUGUAGCUGGAAUUGCCUAUUUAGACUGAUGUAAUGAUAGAUGGUACGUUCACGGAUGCUGGGAAAAUCAUUUAAGCUUUUGUUUAGACGAGAAUGAGAGUUGAUGAAAAUUGCAACUCUCGUCGGACCGCCAUCAGCAUUCACAAGAUUCAUUUUUCUCUGUUUACAGAUUCAAAGACGAAGCAGAAAAAUUCCACGCUGAGAAAGGCAAAGCUGUCGACGAGAUGGACGACAUCAAACUUCGAGCUCUGAACGACAGAAUGGUCAACGUCGAAAAAGCCUUCAUCACCGCGGCUGGUCUACCUAACCGACCAAUGACAAGGCACGUUAUAUUCGCACCUUCGGUCAACAAUGCAUAUGGUAGCACCAGCUUCCCUGGGAUUUCAGAUCUUGUUGUAAAACAGAAUAAGACGGAUCAGGAUUGGCUGGAUAUUAAGAAGCAAGCAUCCAUUGUGUUUAAAGCGAUUUCGAAGGCAACAGAUACUCUAAAAGCAGAUGCGAAUCAGAAAGUAAACUGUCUUGUUAAAAGAUAA